AUGGCCGAGCCAAUGACCACCAGCAAUCUGCAGGAUAUCCUCCCCCUCGUCGCGCGGGGUAAAGUGCGUGACCUGUACGAAGUUGACCAGCAAACCCUCCUCUUCGUAGCUACGGACCGCAUCUCCGCCUACGACGUAAUUAUGGCAAAUCCAGUCCCCAAUAAAGGCACCCUGCUCACCCUCCUGACAACCCACUGGUUCAAAAUACUUACCACCGCCAUUCCGACUCUACGCACGCACUUCCUCACGCUCGACCUACCCCCACAGAUUCCGGAAUCACUGCGACCGGCCCUACAAAACCGCUGCAUGCAAGUGCGCAAGUUAAAGGUAUUCCCCAUUGAAGCCAUUGUAAGGGGCUACAUCACCGGUUCAGCCUGGAAAGAAUAUCAACAAUCUGGCUCUGUGCAUGGUAUGAAGAUGCCGGAGGGCUUGAAGGAAAGCCAGCGAUUUCCUGAUGGACCCAUAUAUACGCCCAGCACCAAGGCGGAGCAGGGAGAGCAUGAUGAGAAUAUUCAUCCUGAUCAGGCUGUAACCCUCCUCGGCCCCAAAUACGCUUCCAUAAUAUCUUCCCUGGCCCUAAAACUCUACGAAACCGCCCACGCCCACGCACUCGCGCAGGGCCUCAUCAUCGCAGAUACAAAAUUUGAGUUCGGGUUGGACACGGAGAAGGACGAAGUGGUAUUGGUUGAUGAGGUCCUGACGCCGGACUCGUCGCGGUUCUGGUCUGCUGCGAACUAUGAGGUUGGCAAGUCGCAGGAGAGUUUUGAUAAGCAGUUUUUGCGGGAUUGGCUGGUCAAGAGUGGGCUGAAGGGCAAAGAUGGGGUGAGUAUGGAUGAAGAGGUAGUUAGGAGGACCGGAGAAAAGUAUCGGGAGGCGUAUGAAAAGAUCACGAGUGAUACUUACGCCGUCUAG